AUGGCCGAGCAAUUUGUCAACUAUAAAGUGGAGCUUGUGCUCCAUGACUCGUCCAAGAUCAGAGGUUAUGUGAAUGGUAUCAAGGAUAAGGUUUUAACGAUUACCGAAGCCGAGUUCGUCGGCCAAGAUAAGACCCUCGAUCACUUCACCAUCUCAGGCGACAAGAUCAAUGAUUUAUCGGUGGUGGACAUACCUAAGGAGGCUUUGGUACGUAAUAAGAAGGACAGCAACAACAACAACAACAGUGCAAAGAAAAACCAGCAACAACAACAUACUCCAUCCAAGUCAUUGAUCGAUGAUGCGAUAUUAUUUCAAAACCCUGGGUCUAAAGUGGGAACUCCAAAAGCACAGCAUAAACAUCUUGUUUCUCCAAAACUUCAGCCACAGCAGUCGUUUGUCGACGACGCGAUUCUUUUUGCUCAACCUUCCAAAGCAUCCAGUGUCGCUAACUCCCCAAAAGUCCGCAAGAAGAAAAGUAUCCUCAAAAAUAACAAGCCGAAGAAUCAACCACAGCCACAAGCACAGCAACAGCUACAACAACAUUAUGGAAAUGAAACUUGGGUGGACGAUGUGGCGCAAAUCAAAGAUUCUCAAGAUUUUGACUUCGCCACCAAUUUGGCUCUCUUUGAUAAAGCUACAGUCUUUAAAGACUUGAAAUCCAAGGAUAAGAUCAACUAUGCUGACCGAUUGGCUGGUCAUAAUAAAAUUGAGAGCCCUGCCAAGAAGGUCAAUUAUGAUAAUAAUGAAAUGGUCCUUAAUGGCAGAGAAGACAAUUGGGAUAACUUGGGAGGUGCUUCAUCAUCUAACACUAUGGAUGAAGAGGACGAGAUUGAAGAAGGUGAGCAGAAAAUGUCACAAGCGGUUAAGAAGCUCGAUUUCUCCAAUCAACCCCAAAAGCCAAAGAAGAAGUUCACGAUUCUCAAGAGACCAGAAAAAUUGGAGACCAACGAAAAUACUACUCCGAAGAAAGCCCCUGUUGCCAGUAGACCGCCAAUUUUUUCACCAGUACCUCAAUCUGAUAUUAAGUUCAGUUUGAGCUCUGGGACCACAUUAUCUUUGUGUUCCCCUGUCCAAUUAUUAGAAAUUGAAAGGUUGUCUUCGGAACUUUUUGGGGCUAAUGACCAAAUGUUUGCUGAGAAUUCUGGUAUCGGUUUAUCAAAGUUGAUAAUUAGAACUUUGGGAGGCUCCAGUCGCUUGUCCUCUAACAAUCAUAACAAGCCUCCAUUGGUGGCCAUCUUGGUGGGUAAUAAUAAAGCUGGUGCCCGGGCGUUGGCUGCUGGAAGACAUUUGUCUAACAGAGGGUUAAGAGUGGUUGCAUUUGUGUUGAGCAAUGAUAUUAGUGACGUUGUACAUGAGAGUAGAGCUUCUUCGACAAGCAGUGACAGUGAUAUUUUUUACGAUGCUAAGGAAGACUUUGACACCAUUGUGAAGGAUCAAUUGAAACUUUUUGUUAACUAUGGUGGAAAAGUGUUCAAUGAAUUACAUAAUUUGAAGAAAACUAUUGCAUCGUUAGACUCGCCUUUGGAAUUGGUUAUCGAUGCUUUGCAAGGUUACGAUACCAAUUUGUCAGAUUUCUGGGGGGAAGAAUUGAAGAAGUGUUUGGGAUUAAUCAAGUGGGUGAACAGCUCACGAGCUAAAGUUUUGUCUAUUGACAUAGCUAGUGGUUUAGAUGCUGGCUCAGGCCAAUUUUCUUUAACCGCCAGCGAUGUGGAAGAACUUGCGUUAGAUGUCAGCCCGGAUGACUUCCGUAUCAAAUCCAAUAUUGUGGUAUCGAUGGGUCUCCCAGUUAUUGGGCUAAUGCACGCAUACUACUUGGGCGUUAUCGAAGCUGGCGACUGGAUCCACUAUCUCAUUGAUUUGGGAAUUCCUCGAAAGGUCUACAGUAGUAAAGGAUCGCUUAGGAAAUUUGACAAGACAUAUUUUGGAGACGAAUGGUUCAGUGAAGUUGACGUCAAUCAUUCUUGA